AUGUACCAGAGGCUUUCUGCCCAUCCCCAGUCAGCUUGGGGGAAGGGAAGGAAGCUUGCUGGGGAGUCCUCCCUAAGCCAGGCUCAGUUCUGGCUGACUUCCUGUCAAAGGGUGAGUUAUUUCGCUUGGAAGGUCGGACGAGUAAGAUUAAAACACAAGAUUGCACCCCCAGCAGUCACGGGCCCUCUGGAGUUUGAGAGAAUAUUUCGUGCACAGCAAAACUCUUUGGAGUUUUAUUCUGUAUUCAUCGUAACUCUGUGGAUGGCUGGGUGGUACUUCAAUCAAGUUUUUGCAGCCUGUCUGGGUCUCCUGUACAUAUACGCCCGUCACAAGUAUUUCUGGGGCUAUGCAGAAGCCGCUGAGAAGAGGAUCGCUGGUUUCCGCCUGAGCCUGGGGAUUUUGGCCUUGCUGACUGUCCUCGCUGUCCUGGGGGUAGCAAGCAGAUUCCUGGAUGAAUACCUGGACUUCCAUGUUGCCAAGAAACUGAGGAAGCCCUUCUAAGUUUUUCUCUUCCCUUUCAUGCUUGUAGAGGCCGUCACCACUCUGAAAACAAUGUGAUGUCAUGUGUUAAAUAAAACUUUUAAAACUU